GGGCUCUUUCCUGUGAAGGUCGGCGGGAGUUCGAUAGAGCUCGAAGCUCCAUCUUUGCUCCUCCCUUCUGUUCUUUGAGAAACCCUUUGUCCCCUUUGCCCGGCAGAGGAAGAGGAAGAAGAAGAUGACUGAAGUGGCGAGCUCGAUAGUUCACGAAGUUCUUGGCCGGAGAGUCCAGGACGUGGAUCAGCCGAUCAUUGAUUACAUCGUCAACGUCCUCGCCGACGAGGACUUCGACUUCGGCAUCGAUGGCGGGGGCGCUUUCGAGGCCAUUGGGGAGCUCCUUGUCGGAGCUGAGUGUGUCGACGACUUUGAGGAAUCUCGACUGGUGUGUAGUAAAAUAACAGAGAGAUUCGGAAAGCAUGGCCUUGUCAAAGUUAAACCCACCGUGAGGAGCCUCGCAACGCCCUUUAGAAUGGAUGACGGGAUGGAUGAGGAGGUGGCUCCGAAGAAGAAGCAAGAGGUGUUUGAUGGCCCUCUCUUAUCUGAACGCGACAAGCAAAAGAUCGAAAGGAGGAAAAGGAAAGAGGAGAGACAGAGAGAGGCUCAGUAUCAGAUGCAUUUGGCUGAAAUGGAAGCAGUUAGAGCAGGAAUGCCCCUUGUUUGCGUGAAUCAUGACAACAGCGGUGGACCAGCCUUCCGGGACAUCCAUUUGGAAAAUUUUAAUGUCUCUGUGGGUGGCCGUGACCUAAUCGUAGAUGGUACUGUAACACUUUCAUAUGGAAGGCAUUAUGGGCUAAUUGGAAGAAAUGGAACUGGGAAAACAACUUUCCUCAGGCAUAUGGCUUUGCAUGCCAUUGAGGGUAUCCCUCAAAACUGCCAGAUAUUGCACGUUGAGCAGGAAGUGGUUGGUGAUGAUAUAUCGGCCUUGCAAUGUGUUCUGAACUCUGAUAUCGAAAGAACCCAGCUCUUAGAAGAAGAAUCUCGCUUACUUGCACAGCAGAGCAAACUCGAAUUUACUAGUGCAAGUGACAAGAGCAACGGGGACCUUAAUGGUCCAACCUCUGAUGCCAUUGCAACAAGACUGGAGGAGAUAUACAAAAGGCUUGAGUUUAUAGAUGCUUAUUCUGCAGAGGCACGGGCAGCUUCUAUUCUUGCGGGUCUAAGUUUCUCUCCAGAAAUGCAGCGAAAAGCUACAAAAACUUUUUCUGGAGGAUGGCGUAUGCGAAUUGCUCUUGCUCGUGCACUUUUUAUAGAGCCUGACCUGUUGCUCCUUGAUGAACCUACUAACCAUCUGGAUCUUCAUGCCGUGCUGUGGCUGGAAGCUUAUUUACUUAAAUGGCCAAAGACUUUCAUUGUUGUUUCUCAUGCAAGGGAGUUCUUGAACACUGUGGUGACUGAUAUCCUCCAUUUGCAUGGACAAAAAUUGACCGCAUACAAAGGGGAUUAUGAUACAUUCGAAAGGACACGUGAGGAACAGCUUAAGAACCAACAAAAAGCUUUUGAGGCUAAUGAAAAAGCGAGGGGCCAUAUGCAGGCGUUUAUUGAUAAGUUUCGAUAUAAUGCAAAGAGGGCUUCUCUCGUACAGUCAAGAAUCAAGGCACUGGAUCGUAUGGGACAUGUGGAUCAAAUUGUCAAUGAUCCAGACUACAAAUUUGAGUUUCCAACUCCAGAUGAUCGGCCUGGUCCUCCUAUAAUAAGUUUUAGUGACGCAUCAUUUGGUUAUCCUGGUGGACCAUUAUUGUUCAAGAACCUGAAUUUUGGGAUUGAUCUUGACAGCCGGAUUGCGAUGGUGGGCCCAAAUGGUAUUGGUAAAUCAACAAUUCUCAAACUAAUUGCCGGGGACCUGCAACCUAGUUCGGGGACCGUUUUCCGUUCAGCAAAGGUCCGUAUUGCUGUUUUCAGUCAGCACCAUGUCGAUGGGCUAGAUCUGUCAUCAAGUCCACUUCUAUAUAUGAUGCGCUGCUUCCCAGGCGUACCUGAGCAGAAGCUUCGUGCCCACUUGGGCUCUUUUGGGGUAGCUGGAAAUCUUGCACUUCAGCCAAUGUAUACAUUAUCCGGCGGGCAGAAGAGCAGAGUCGCAUUUGCAAAGAUAACUUUCAAGAAGCCUCACAUUAUUCUACUCGAUGAGCCAUCUAAUCAUUUGGAUUUGGAUGCUGUGGAGGCACUUAUUCAAGGCCUGGUGUUGUUCCAAGGGGGAAUCCUCAUGGUUAGUCACGACGAGCAUCUAAUAUCGGGAAGUGUAGAGGAGCUUUGGGUAGUAUCCGAAGGGAGGGUGACACCGUUCCAGGGGAAUUUCCAUGAUUAUAAGAAGCUCCUCCAAUCGUCCUAGAAGGCUAGAACUGUUCAAGCUCGAAAUAUAUCAGACUUGACCGGGGGGAUUGGGGGGGGAAGAGAUGAUCUUCAACGCAUGACAAAAUACCGGUCUUUGCAGUUGCCGGUGAUACUGAGAAUAUGGUGCUCAUGCUUAUAGUUUGAUAUUGUUCCAUGAAUAUUGGAAAGAUGUGUGCAAAAUUAUAUGCAUGUUUGGUAAAAACAUAAAAUUUCUUUUCCCUCAAUUUAUGAAUAUUGGAAAGAUAAGAUCUCUUAAUCAUCUAAUUUCUGGGUUUAUGUUUCUAAA